AAAAGAAAAGGAAAAUCGGCAUUUCAAACUACUGACCAACGUAAUCUUGCACUUAGCGAUAAUGAAAAAGAUGACCCGGGACUUGACAUGUUUGAAAACGCCGAAGAUGAUGCAUGGGCAUUUGACACUAUCCGCCAUGAUCCCUCAUCCGGAUUAUAUGAAAAGCGCCCAGACACGAGUAUAAGCCAACCGACACCACAAAACCCCGCGUCUCCCACCAAUCCAUUACUGGACGAUACCGCUGCCAGACCUUUCCGCAACCGAGACCCUCAUCCACUCGUACGACUGUUCGAGAACUCACAGCAACCGGUAUCUGAUUCUUUGCUUAAUGCUUCUGGCGUUAGCACGCCACUUUCGAAAUCACCCAACAUUCUACCACAACCGAUAUCUUCUCUUUCACCCGUCAUGUUACCUAUGCAAUCACCCUCGAUAACGACGCCCUCUCCAAUGAUCGAUCUCGAUUCGGGAGCUUUUGCCUCCUCACAACCACUACGACCGAAUUCACCAUCACCAGGGGUGACUACUGCCAUGUCACCUGCUGACGCCCUCUUAAAUCCACCGACGACCCCAUCUACAACUGCCAAAGAUAACAAAUCACUCUCCACAUCCAAACCUGAUACCCUUCACCCAACCGCAGUUACUGCUGCAGCUGCCAUCUCUGCAACCACAUCCACUACAACUACAAACAGAGAAGAACUCGAUAGUGGCCGCCCUUCUAGCCCGUUAACAAUCAAACCGCGCAAAAAUUCAGGUCCAAGCGUAUUCGGAUCUUCAUCACCUGCUGCACCGAUGGCGCCCACCGACCAACUCAUGAGCAGUAAUCGACUUGUUCCUGGAGGUGGUCACAGCCGUCAACGAACGCCUUCAUCAACUCCACCAAAUCAGCCCAUCCUUGGACACAGCUCAAAAUUGUCUCCAAGAAUGGCAUCUUCGUCACCAGAGACAGGUAUUUAUGCGAGCAAGCCGAUGGCUCGUGCACGAUCACACUCCGACCAGCAAUCCGCUCGCGAUCCAACACCAGGCGGUCUGCUCAAAGUUGAGCCACAUCAUCAUUUGAAGGGCAACAGGCACCACCGACCAGCACCCUCUGUACCGGUCGCACAUACUAGUACUGUAGCAACCGAUGAUAGUAGUAGUGGCAGCAGCAGCGGGUUAAAGCCUAAUACCGCUGGAUUACCUCUAGCAAGAAGAGUUCGAUCCGCCACUACAUUGCGACAAUCAGAAGAAGACAGUGUUCCGCUCAAGGCGCUUGUCGCAAACAAACAGCAUCAGCUCUAUCAUGCUUCAAGGAAAAACAGUAGCAACGGCGACGUGGAUAAGGUCGAACAAACAAACGAGUAUAUCAAGGGCAAACAACUCCACGAUCAUCGUCGAAGCAUUAGCGCCGAUAGCACACCGAAGGUACUGAUCUUUUCCUGCUUUUAUUAAGAAAGGAAAAAACAAGCAAAAUAACUCAUUGGUAUGUUUCAUAUGCUAGAAUGGAAUGACUAAUCAAAGGGGGAAAAGAAAUAUCAAUGUACCGCCCCUCGCGUCAAUACACUCGGCAAGAUUGCCAGAUUGGAAUACAGCAAAAAGUCCGUCUUCUGUGACGAACGGUACCGAUCGUCCGUUAGGGACAGGCUCACCGAGAGAAAGUGAAGGACGUGGCAAAUAUGAAACCAUUUCACCUCUUCAACUUGAUGGUUUACACAGUGAUCAGGGGUUACAGCGAGCUUUGAAUCAAGCUCUUGAAGAGUUGGAUUAUUGGCUAGAUCAAGUCGAAACAAACUUAUCCACUGUAAAUUUUGCCUAACUUGAUUUUAUUUUGUUGGGCAUCGACACCAUCAUGCAAUUUGCGAUUUAUGCAUAUCAUCCAAGUAUCGAAUAAAGUCAUUUGAGAUAUUGCCUAAUUUUGAC